GGCAUAUUAAUCAUUUAAAUUUUGAAAACAAACUUACUGUAAUACUAAUUUUUAAAUAUAAUGUAUUAUAUUAUAUUACAGAUAACGAAUUAAAAGAGUAAAGGAAACAAAUAACACACAAAAAUGGGAGAAACAUAUUUCAACUUGAAACAUAAACUAGAAGAAUUAGGCUACAGUAACAGUUUACCCUUAGAGGCAGUUCCUUUAGUAGAAUGUAUUCUUGCUGAUUUGUUGCAGACUACACGGAGUUUACAGCACUAUAUGGACCUGUCAAAAGAGGCACUGCAGCAACGCGACAGUUUAAUCCUCGAAGCUGAACCAUUUAAAUCUGAUAAUGCAAAACUAAUACAAGAAAACAAUCAACUGCAUAAAAAUAUUAUGAAAUUUAAGGAAGACACUCUUAAGAUUUCAAAAGAAAAUAAAAGAAGAAUUAAAUCUAUGUCUGAAGAAUUAAUGAGAAAAGAUGCGACUAUCAGUAAGUUACAACACGACCUUAGAGAUUUAAGUCUCAGAGGUCUAUGUGCUGAUACACAAAGUAGUAGAAAUAAAAGCAGAAGAAAAGAUGGUGGCGACGGCAUGUUGCCAAAAGUGUGUAUUUGUAACGAGAAAAAUAAUAUCAGCACUCAUAGAGAUAUUACAGAAGACUUAUUAAAAAAAAUCUGCUUACUAGAAGAGAAAAGUGAAGAGUACUGUGAUGAAAUAUUACUUCUUAAAAAUCAAGUCGAACACAGGGAUAAUGAAAUUGUAAGGUUAAAUAUGCUAUUAGAGGGUGGGCGACCAAUUGCUGCAAUUAAUAAAGAUUGCUGUAAUGUAACUUCCGAUAGUAGGCUACAGACUUUAAUGAAACAAUUAUAUGAACUGGAAGCAACAAAUGACACUUUAAAGAAGGAAAUUGAUAAAGGACUAGAGAAACAACAUGAAGCUAUGCUCAGAGCCCUUAGCCUUGCUGAUAAAAAUAAAGCAUUGCAGGAAGAAUUGAAAAAAGUAGAUACAUUAGCUUUAAAGGUUGAAGAAGACUGUAACAAGAGAUUGGCUGCCAUGAUGAACGAAAUUAACUUUUUACAAACAAGAAUAGAAGGUCUCACUAUGAAAAAUUUACAAUUCGAACAAGAACUAUCCCAACAACAUUCUAAAGAAACCAUACUUACUCCAGUAACUCAAAAAGAUCAAAAUGCCUUGAAUGUUGCUUUGAAGGAGAGGGAUAUAUUGCAAAAAGAAAUAAAAGAUUUGGUAGAACUCAACAAAAGUUUACAAGAUAAAAUACUGUCUUUAUCUCAGUUGAACAAAUUGAGUCAUGGUCAGUUCAGUACUGAUUGUGUGAACAAAGGUAAUAAAAAAUGCCCAACAAAAGAUGAGUUGCAAACACUUCUUGAAGAUGAAAGGAAAUCUUAUGAAAAGUACAUGUCAGACAUACAAGAAAAGGUAACAGAAGCUUUCAGUAUAUUUAAUAACCAUUUAUUAAAAUGUCAGGGUCAUAAUAAUUCCAGUCAUGAAGCUGUAUUUUUGAAAGAACUGCAUGCAAAAUUGUGUGAAAAAGAGCAAAAGAUACUCAUGCUGCAGAAAGAAAAUGAAGAGAUUAAAUCUAAAAUAUACCAGUAUGAUGAAGGUACUAAACAAAACUAUAAAGGAAUGAUUAGUCAACUCAAUGCAGAGAAUACAGAAUUAUCUAAGGAGAAUAUUUCUUUAAGUCAACAGUUGAGUCAUUACAGGAGUUUAAGUACUGCAAAAUACAAUAAGAAUGAGUAUUGUAGAAAAGACAUACAAAAGUUAAGGGAUAAAAUAGAUGAAUUAACUCAUGAAACACAAUUAUUAAAUAAAGAUAAAAAUGAAUAUAAUAUGCGAUAUAAGGAAGCAAUGGAUUUAAUAGAUAAAUUAAAAAGAGAUUUGGCAUUCAGGCAAAGAGAAAUAGAGUCUUUGCAAGAAGAAAAUUCAUCUUAUAAAAUGACUCAAAGGACUGGAAAAGCUUCUACUGAUCAUCUAAAAGAUGAGUGCACUUUUUUAAAAGAACAAAUUAAAAGGAUGCAGAGUGAUGUCAUUAAAGAAAAAACAUUAGCUAGCCAGAUAAAAAAUAUACAAUUGGAAACUGAAAGAAGUAGUAAUGAAAUACAAAAUGAACUAUUAUGUACACAAAAGAAACUUAGUUUGUCUAAAGACACAAUUGAUUCACUAGAAAAAAAGUGUAAGGAGCUACAGUCUGAAAUUAUGACUCUGAAAAAUGAUAAAACAAACUUAAUCGACAAUAUAAAAAAAAUAGAUCAAGAACAUGAUAAAUUGGUCAUUGAAUUGGAUCAUAAGACAGAAACUGUAAGUGUUUUAGAACAGAAAAUAAAAUCUCAAUUGUACGAUAUCACUAAAUUGCAGAAUGAAAUAUCUGAUUUAAAACGAAAGUUAAAUGUUAAUAAGAUGUCAGAACAUAAAUUAGUAGAUUAUGAAACUCAAAUAGCAUUUUUAAAUGGUGAAAUUUUGAGAUUAACCCAGCAAAUUGACGCCGCUAUUAUAGAAAAUAAGCAUUUACAAAAUAGCCUUGGAGAUGCUAAUGGAACAUUAAAGUUAACUAAAAUUGAAUAUGAAAAAUCACGGAAAGAAGUUGAUGGUUUAAAACAGCAGUUACAACAUUAUGUUGCAGAAAUUAGAAGAAUUGAAGAAAUGUUGUCUCAGAAAGAAGCUGAAAGGUCUGAUAUGUUAGAACAAUUUGCAAGUCUUUCUGUAGAAGCAAAUAUAUUAGAAAACACUAAUCAUUCCUUAGAAAGUGAGUCUGCUUCUAAAUCAAUGCAAUUGCAAACCUAUACUAGCAGGAUUCAAAAUUUAGAAGCAAAACUUUUAGACAAAGAAAAUAUAAUUGAUUCUCAGUCUGCACAUCUUGCAUCAAUGACUUGUAAGAUAAGUGCUCUAGAAAAUGAAGUUAAACUAGUAAAUGAAGAAAAAUUGAUUCUUGAACAGAAUAUUUCAUAUUUGAAACAAAAGUGUAACAAUAUGGAAAUUGAAAAUUCAAAUGCAACAAGGACUAUAGGUGAUACAGACUCAGAAUUAAAAUUAUAUGAAAAUAGAAUUAAAUCCUUGACAACUUGUAAAGGUAAACUAGAAGUAGAAAGGGAUGAUUUGAAGGACAGUUUAAGGAGUACAGAGAAACUGUUAUCCAAUGCUAGAAAGGAAGUAGUAGAACUAAAAUUAGCAUUGCAAGAUGCUACUUCUGAAACAAAGUCUUUACAAGAACGUGUAUCCAGGCUUAGUCGCAGAGACAUCAAUGAGGCUACAUUAACUACAGAACUUGACUUACCUCUGAUGUUGGAAGAAACUAUACAUGAAGUUAGUCAUGAGGAUGACGAAGACAGCACACGAUAUACAAAACUGCAUAAGAAAUUCUCAAAGUAUACACAUAGUGGUACAUUAUAAUUGAUCUUUCCUGUUAGAAAUUCAAUUACAAUAAAUGAGAAUAUUUUGCACAACUCUUAUUGGAAAUGUAAAAUGGACAUAUAGUAAUUAAAUUGUAGUUCAUUAUGGAUAUAAAACUGUUGUCUGCCUUACAUGAUGGUUGCAGGUUCGAUUUAACUUUAAAUAUACUGGUGCCUAAGAUGGAAUACAAGUGAUUAAAAGAUGUAUUUUAGUAAAUAAAUAAGUUUAGAAUUUAUACAUGUAACAUGAAAUUAAGUUUUUAAUAAUUAAUUUUAUUUUAAUAAUGAAAACUAUUUUUAGUAACAGCAAAAUAUUUUUUUGCUACUCUGAAUACACCACUCUUUAUGAGUGUUAGGUCAUAUAAUUACACAUUACAAGAAAUCCUGAAUUUAAAUCAGGCUGAUACAAAUAAAAAGCUAACAAGGUAGGCUUGACCCCUGCCAUAUUUGAUUCAAAAUAUACCUGGCGGAAUGUGAGCAUGUCAACAUCACUUGUCACAUCGAAAUUGGAUAUGACCACUGUAUAUCAGUGUCAGUCAUAUCAGUGUUAUUGUUGUUUUAAGCAUUAUACAUAGCCUUGAUUUACGGAUGUAGUAACUUGACAUGGUAUAUAUAUAUAUAUAUUGGCAAUGAGCCACUGGUCCAGUCAAUAACUAAUAACAUUUUCCCUCCCAAUACACACUAGUUAGCAAGAAUUAUAAAUAAUACUUAUAUUUUUUUUGUGCUACUCGCUUUUUAAGUUGUGGGUAUAGUUUGGUUCCUAAUGAGUAAGUCACAAUACUGGCAAGUAA